AUGUCUUUAAGAAACUCAAAAAAAAUCUCCAAAGAGUCAAAGCAAAUAGGAAAAACUUGGGGCCGAGAUAAAGAUAUCCAUCUUGUUACCAUACUACUUUCGUCACUCAUUCUCCUGUGUUGUCCUCUACUGGUUCUUGCGUUUUGGAUUUCCUGUACUCAUUAUAGUUGUUCUCUUUAUGAACCUCUUCGCAUCUUUCAAAUUAAUGGGUUUUCAAAGGAGACAUUUAAUUCAGUUGUAAUUAAUAACCUUCCACAAUUUACUUGGGAAGGUUUAAAAAUAUAUGGAAUUUGGUUAGGUUUCCAAAGUGUAUUAUACGCAAUUCUACCAGCAAAGAUAGGAUAUGGUCAAAGAACUCCUGCUGGACACAUUCUUCCCUAUAAAGUAAAUGGUUUAUUGGCCUGGUUUAUAACACAUGUUCUCUUUCUCACUGGAGCAUUCUACUUUAAAUGGUGGGAUGCAUCAAUUAUUCAUGAUCAAUGGGGAACACUUUUUAUAGCAGCCAACAUUUAUGGUUAUUUCCUUAGUUUCUUUGCGUAUAUUAAAGCUUAUGUUAUGCCAUCUCAUCCCGAAGAUCGUAAAUUUUCUGGUAGUUUCAUUUAUGAUUUACUUAUGGGAAUUGAAAUGAAUCCACGUUUUGGAAAAUAUUGGGAUUUUAAACUAUUUCAUAAUGGAAGACCAGGAAUUAUUGCUUGGACUUUAAUCGAUUUGUCAUUUGCUUUUGCUCAAUAUAAUCAAAUAGGUUAUGUAACAAAUUCGAUGGUUUUAUUGAAUAUUUUACAUGCAAUGUACGUUUUGGAUUUCUUCUAUUAUGAAGAUUGGUAUCUAAGAACAAUUGAUAUCGCGCAUGAUCAUUUUGGAUUUUAUUUAGCGUGGGGCGAUACAGUAUGGCUUCCUUGGAUGUACACAAUUCAAUCUCAUUACCUUGUUCGAAAUCCCAUCGAUCUUUCAACCAAUUACUUUUUGGUGGUAUUAACUACUGGUUUAGUGGGAUAUUAUAUAUUCCGAGCGGUCAAUAAUCAAAAAGAUCUUAUGCGUCGAACCGAUGGUAAAUCUAAGAUUUGGGGAAAACCUGCUCAAUUCAUUCGAACAAGGUUUACUACUAGCGAUGGAAAAGAACAUUCAAGUAUUCUACUGACUAGUGGAUAUUGGGGAAUAUCUCGUCAUUUUAAUUAUGUUGGAGAUCUUCUUAUAUCGUUAGCUGAAUGUCUUACUUGUGGAUUCAAUGAAAAAGGAAAAGAACUACGCGUGCCUGAUAACAAUUUUAACAUUUCGACAGGGGUGCAGAAUAUUGGAAUUGAUAAUGUGAAACCGGAAAUGUUGCAAGCACAUUUAAUGCUUUUAACUAAAUUUAAAGCAUUGGAACAAGCAGAUGAACAGAUUGAUUAUGAUAUUUGGGUAAAAAACGACGGCCAUUCUGACCCUGAAUCCGAAAGUAUUUGGGUGAAAAAUACUGAACAACCAUGGGUUCUUGAUCCGAAUGACAGUUCCGAUUUUAAGAUGACUUGCCCUUGGUGUAAAAAUAUCACCCAAAUUUCAUGGGAAAAUUAUGUAAAAUUGAUGCGAAACAUUGAGACAGAUGAAAAAUGUAUGACAUGCAAAGUAUCAAUUUCUGUUGAAACUUUAAGCUGCAAGCGAUUUAUUGAUGAUAUUGUUAAAUGGAAUGAGGAUAAAACUAAAUUUAUUGGUGGCACUCUAGUUAAUCCAAAGGAUGGUUCACGUUCAGAACUAUUCGCGUUAAAUAAUUCCAGCUUGUUAUUCUCUACAGAUGACCCCGACAUUAAGGAACUUACUGUUUCGAAAUCUCCAAGUUGGAAAUAUAUUAUCGAUGAACUUGACAAGCACGUAAAUCAAUUAAAAAAAGUAAGAACAGCCAAAAUGAAAAAGAAAAGAAAAAUAAUUGUCCGAAGAACUGUGUUCGCCUAUAUUGGUAUUCCAUUUCCGUUCUCAAUUGACCUCAUUAGUGCUGUAUUUCGACAACGCGAAUUCACCAAAAAGAUGGUUGAUAAUGAAGUAAUCAAUCACACUGAGGUUCAAGCCAAUGCCACUAUACGAUACCUUAAAUUCUUAUUUUUAAUGAAAGAUAAGCAAAAUACCAUUUUAGUACCUACACUUGAUAUUGAUUUAUGCUGGCACACACAUCAGAUUCAUGCAUCACUUUAUCGCGAAUUUACCAAAAAGCAUAUUGGUCAAAUUAUUAAUCAUGAUGAUACAUUAGCAGAAGGUGUAUUGUCCGAUGGAUUUGCAACCACCGCUCGAACUUGGUACAAAAAGUAUCGCGAACCAUAUACUCAUGAUGAUCCAUCAAAGAUUUGGUUAACUAAGAAAAAAAAGAUCAUGUCUGUUAUCAUACCACCUUAUGGCCUUUUGGUUCAUAAUCAAUUAAAAAAUUAUAAAAAUUCAUCAAAAUAUGAUUCAUUAAAACACAAAUCAUUAAAAUACAAUUCAUUUGGAUUCUUUACAAUUCUUGGUAUUGAAAAUUUUGGAAGCUGUGGUGGUGACGUUAGUGGAUGUGGAACUAGCUGUGAAAUCAGCAAGGCAAUAACAAUGCUGGGUGAUGUUUUGACUUUGGUUGGAACUGGGAUUGAUAAACAAUACUUAACAAUUACAGGAGGAGCUAUUACUUUAUUCAUUUUGUUAAUGGGUCGUCUUACUGUAAUUGAGUCUACAAUAAAGACUCUAGAAAGAAUACAAAAGGAAGGAAAAAACUUUAGAAAUCAAGAAUAUUACCAGAGUUUUAUUAAAUUAAUUGAAGUUAGAAAAAGAAUUACAACAUUCAUUGAUGAUAUAACAAGUUUUUCGGUAUUUCAAAGUAGAAAAAACAAACUAAAACACGAUAUUCAAGAUAUCUCUUUGAAUGAUAAUAUUAUUAGGGACAAAGAAAAUCAACAAACAACAGUAAUCAAUUUAAACGAACAUUUUGCUGAAAAAGAAAACAAUCAAUAA